AUGAGUGCUGCAACUGCCACCCCUGAGCCUAUGAAGGCGCCAGCGAGGGGUCCUCAGGAUACGGCAGGCGGUGUCACGGAUAGCGAAUCCGGAAAUGUCCAGGAGAUCAACGACAGAGACCGCACCGACAUUGAGAAGCAAAAGUCGGCGCAGGGCGCGGCGCACUUUAACCGUCUGGGAUGGAAGCGUCUCACGGUUGUCCUCUUGGUAGAGGCCAUUGCCCUGGGCACGCUCAGUAUCCCUUCGGCCUUUGCGACGCUCGGCAUGGUCCCCGGCGUGAUCCUCUCGGUCGGCCUGGGUCUCGUGGCCGUCUACACUUCGUAUAUCGUCGGCCAGGUCAAGCUGCGCUACCCCCACGUUUCGCACUAUGCCGAUGCUGGACGCUUGUUGAUGGGCAAGUUUGGCUACGAGCUCGUGGGAACCAUGUUUGCGCUCGAGCUCAUCUUUACCGUCGGUUCCCACUGCUUGACGGGAGCUAUUGCACUCAACAAUAUCACCGCCCACGGCACUUGUUCCGUCGUUUUCGGCUUCGUCUCGGCCGUGAUCCUGAUUCUCUUGGCCAUUCCGCCCUCCUUUGCUGAAGUCGCCAUUCUGGGUUAUGUCGAUUUCGCCUCCAUCAUUAUUGCUGUUGGCAUCACCAUCAUCGCCACCGGCAUUCAGUACACCCACCCCACGGCGGCUUCCGUCGCAACGGCAGCAGCUCCAUGGCAGCUAUGGCCCAAGGAGGGUCUUGAGCUCGCCGAGGCUUUCGUGGCUCUCGGAAACAUUAUCUUUGCCUACAGUUUCGCUCUGUGCCAAUUCUCGUUCAUGGACGAGAUGCACACCCCCGAGGACUUCCCCAAGUCGAUUGUGGCGCUCGGCAUUAUCGAGAUUGUUAUUUACACAGUGACCGGCGCGCUCAUCUACGUCUUUGUCGGCCAGGAUGUGCAAUCUCCAGCCCUCUUGUCCGCCGGAAACACGGUUUCCAAGGUUGCUUUUGGCAUUGCGCUGCCCGUAAUUUUCAUCUCGGGCUCCAUCAACACCACCGUCGUCGCCCGAUACAUCCACGGCCGUGUCUUUGAGCACUCGAUCAUCAGGUACAUCAACACCAAGAUGGGUUGGAUCACCUGGUUGGCGCUGAUUACCACCAUUACCCUGAUUGCCUGGGUCAUUGCCGAGGCGAUUCCCUUCUUUUCGGAUCUGCUCUCGAUUGCGUCUUGCCUCUUCGUCUCUGGUUUCACCUUUUACUUUCCCGCCGCCUUUUGGUUCAAGUUGCUCAAGGAGGGUCACUGGUACGAGAGGAAGAACAUUGUCAAGGCGAUUGUCAAUGGCAUUGUAUUCGUUAUCGGUAUAAUCAUUUUGGGCGUUGGAACAUACGCCAGUGUACAAGACAUUAUCAAUCAAUACAGAGAGGGUACAGUGAGUGGAGCCUUCACAUGCGAUGCAUAG